UUCCCUGACACUCAAAGCCAUAUUAAUAUUCCAAGAAUUUUCCAUGGCUUCCCACAAAACCCUUACUCUUGUUUUCUUUGUGUUAUUGGGCUUCGGUAUUUGUUCAGCAACUAGAGCCCUCCUCACUUUUCAAGCUGGAAACGCUCACGUUGGCCAUGACAAUGUUGUGCAAGCUGCUCUAGGAGAACAUGGGGUAACUGGCUAUGGAGGUGGUGCUGGCAGUGGAGAAGGUGGUGGUGCAGGAUAUGGAGCUGCGGGUGGACAUGGCGGUGGAGGUGGCGGUGGUAGUGGAGGUGGAGGUGGAGCUGCUAAUGGUUUAGGAGGUGCUGGAUAUGGAAGUGGUAGUGGGCAAGGAGGUGGUGCUGGAUAUGGUGCUGGUGGACAAAAUGGGGCUGGAUAUGGUGGUGGGGGUGGUGGGGGACAUGGAGGUGGAGGUGGAUACGGUGCAGGAGGAGAAAAUGGUGCCGGUUAUGGAAGUGGUGCUGGUAGUGGUUACGGAGCAGGGGGAGGGAAUGGUGCUGGCUCUGGUGGAGGAGGUGGUGGGGGGAGAGGUGGUGGUGGUGGAGGAGGCUAUGGUGCAGGAGGAGCGCAAGGAGGUGGGUAUGGUAGUGGGUCAGGAUCCGGUGGGGGUUUUGGUGCUGGUGGUGGAGCUAGUGGUGGUGGUGGUGGAGGUGGUUCUGGUGGUGGCGGUGGCGGUGCUAGUGGAGGUGUCCAUGGGGGUGGUUAUGGAGGAGGUAGUGGGAGUGGAGAGGGUGGUGGACAUGGCGGCUAUGUCCCUUGAAACUACGUACCUUCUCCCUUUUAUCAUUUCUAAGAAGAGUGCAUGUGUGAAUCUUCUCACCCUAGUUUAUACUAAAGAGGAACUGAAUAAGAUUAGCUAAGUGUGGAGAUGCUUAAUUAUUAAUAUAGUUUCAAGGUAUUCUAUUAUGAUUAAUGCUACAUAAAUGGUAAAGAUGUUCUAAGGUGUAUGUAAUUGUAAUAUUUGAAUGUGGCUGCAUUAA